AGUGCAGGACUCGUGCAAAACUCGUCUGUGUGUUUCAAUGUCCAAGUGUUGAAAAAUAACUCAGUCCAUCGAGGGGGACAUGAAAUAAACUCUUCCAAAGAUGAUGCGAGGAUACCGACCGACGCCAGUCUCCAACUCGACCCUGUCCUUCUGCGGCACGGAGAACUCCUCGGCGUAUAAGGUGGACAACGGCCUUCUGAACAACGGCUGCUUUCUGGAUGCUCUCGGUGUGGUUCCUCAUGUGUUCCUGCUCUUCAGCACCUUCCCCAUCCUCUUCAUCGGCUGGGGCAGUCAGAGCUCGAAGGUCCACAUUCAUCACAGCACGUGGCUUCAUUUCCCCGGCCACGACUUGCGCUGGCUGUUCACCACGGUCCUGCUGUUCGUGCUGGUGUGUGAGAUCGCUGAGGGAAUCGUGUCGGACGGGUUUAAUCAGUCUCGGCAUCUUCACCUCUACAUGCCAGCCGGACUCGGGAUUCUGGCCGCCGUCACAUCCAUCAUCUAUUACCACAACAUCGAGACCUCCAACUUCCCCAAGCUGCUUAUCGCUCUGCUGAUCUACUGGACUUUGGCCUUCAUCACCAAAACCAUCAAGUUUGUGAAGUACGAUUGCCACGGCAUCGGGCCGAGACAGCUGCGGUUCUGCAUCACGGGCCUCCUGGCGCUCCUGUACGGGCUUCUGCUGGGGGUCGAGGUCAACGUGAUCCUGCGCCGGCGCUACAUGUGGUUUGCGGUUCCCACGGAGGUGAAGCCACCCGAUGACCUUCAGGAUCUGGGCGUUCGGUUCCUCCAGCCGUUCGUGAAUCUGCUGUCGAAGAGCACGUACUGGUGGAUGAACACCUUCAUCACAUCUGCACACCAGCGGCCCAUCGACCUGAAGACCAUCGGCAAGCUGCCCAUCUCCAUGAGGGCGCUCACCAACUACCAGCGGCUCCGCAAGGCCUUCGACGCGCAAGCCGAGGACGGGCCCGUCCCGCUGAAGGGCUCGAGGUGGAUCUGGCGUUCCCUCCGGCUGGCGUUCGGCAGGCCUCUGGUGCUCAGCAUCACCUUCCGCUUCAUGGCGGAUCUGCUGGGCUUCGCCGGGCCGCUCUGCAUCUCGGGGAUCGUUCACCACAUAAGCAGUGACAAUCACAGUGCUCUGCCUCCGGUGAAGCUGCUUGGAGUGCACUUCAUCUCCUCGGAGGCGUUCCUGGCGAAUGCGUAUGUUCUCGCUGUCCUGCUGUUUCUGGCCCUGCUGCUGCAGAGGACUUUCCUUCAGGCCUCGUAUUAUGUGGCCAUUGAGACCGGGAUCAAACUCAGAGGAGCCAUUCAGACUAAGAUUUACAAUAAGAUCAUGCGUCUGUGCACUUCUAACAUGUCUAUGGGUGACAUGACCACGGCCCAGAUCUGCAGUCUCGUGGCCCGCGACACCAACCACCUCAUGUGGUUCUUCUUCCUCUGUCCCAACCUGUGGGCCAUGCCGGUUCAGAUUGUCAUUGGUGUGUUACUCCUCUACUAUCUGCUGGGAGUGAGCGCUCUGAUCGGAGCGACUGUUAUCGUGGCGUUGGCUCCGCUGCAGUAUUUCGUAGCCACUCGACUCUCGCGCGCACAGAAGAGCACUCUGGAAUACACCAGUGAGAGACUAAAGAAAACCAACGAGCUUCUGAGGGGGAUCAAGCUCCUGAAGCUGUACGCGUGGGAACACAUCUUCAGAUCCAGCGUUGAGGAAACACGCAGACAAGAGCUGAGCAACCUCAGGACGUUUGCUCUCUACACGUCCCUCUCCAUCUUCAUGAAUGCCGCCAUCCCGAUCGCUGCUGUUCUCACAAUCUUUGCGGUGUACGUGCGAGUUCACAGCGUCUCCGACUCGGAUCUGUCUCCCGCUGUGGCCUUCGGGUCGCUGUCGCUCUUCCAUAUACUGGUGACGCCGCUGUUCCUGCUCUCCAGUGUCCUGCACUCCACUGUCAAAGCCCUCGUCAGCCCUCGUCAGGUGAUCUUCAUCAUCAUCAUCCUCAUCUUCAUCCUCAUCUUCAUCUUCUAUAUACUGGUGACACCACUGUUCCUGCUCUCCAGUGUCCUGCACUCCACUGUCAAAGCCCUCGUCAGCCCUCGUCAGGUGAUCUUCAUCAUCAUCAUCCUCAUCUUCAUCCUCAUCUUCAUCUUCUAUAUACUGGUGACGCCGCUGUUGCUGCUCUCCAGUGUCCUGCACUCCACCGUCAAAGCCCUCGUCAGCCCUCGUCAGGUGAUCUUCAUCAUCAUCAUCCUCAUCUUCAUCCUCAUCUUCAUCUUCUAUAUACUGGUGACGCCGCUGUUCCUGCUCUCCAGUGUCCUGCACUCCACUGUCAAAGCCCUCGUCAGCCCUCGUCAGGUGAUCUUCAUCAUCAUCUUCAUCAUCAUCAUCAUCUUCAUCCUCAUCUUCGAUAUACUGGUGACACCUCUGUUCCUGCUCUCCACCGUCAAAGCCCUCUCAAAGCCCUCGUCAGGUGAUCUUCAUCAUCAUCAUCAUCUUCAUCCUUAUCUUCCAUAUACUGGUGACACCUCUGUUCCUGCUCUCCACCGUCAAAGCCCUUGUCAGGUGAUCUUCAUCAUCAUCAUCAUCCUCAUCUUCAUCAUCAUCUUCAUCCUCAUCUUCUAUAUACUGGUGAUGCUGGUGUUCCUGCUCUCCAGUGUCCUGCACUCCACUGUCAAAGCCCUCGUCAGUGUGCAGAAACUGAGUGAAUUUCUUGGCAGUGCAGAGAUUGAAACCGACCAGGAUCCCAUCGCCCAAAGUCCGGCGAACAACAACGGCAACAUUAAGUCUGUCUAUGCAUUACAGCUUCAGGCCAAACUAGUGAAUCGUAAGAAUAAAGACGUGAACCGGAACUUUGAGCAUCAAGAGCAGAAACGGACAGAGUCAGCAGCUCCGGAGGACGACGUGUGUAUUAAGAUUGUAAACGGCUACUUCACAUGGACACAGGGAUGCCCGACUCUCACCAAUAUUGACAUCAAGGUUCCCUUCGGACAGCUGACGAUGAUCGUAGGGCAGGUGGGAUGUGGGAAAUCCUCUCUCUUACUGGCGGCACUGGGAGAAAUGCAGAAGAUUUCUGGAAACGUCACAUGGAACAGUUUACCCAAGAGUGAUUCAGAAGAAAAUGUGAGAGCUCAUCAUACGAGUGGAAGGCCAUCACUGCCGAAGAGAGGUUCGGUGGCCUACGCUUCCCAGAGGCCGUGGCUCUUAAACGCCACCGUUGAGGACAACAUCCUGUUCGACAUGGCUCCCAAUGAGAAGAGAUAUAAGGAGGUGAUGGAGGUCUGUCAGCUUCAGCCAGACGUCGACACACUUCCACAGGGAGAUCAGACGAUGAUCGGAGAGAGGGGCAUCAUUCUCUCUGGAGGGCAGCGCCAGCGGAUCAGCGUGGCUCGAGCGCUUUACCAGCACACCAAUGUGGUUUUCCUGGACGACCCGUUCUCCGCUCUGGACAUUCACCUCAGUGACCAUCUCAUGAAUGAAGGGAUCCUCAAGUUCCUCCGGCAGGAGAAGAGGACCGUUGUGCUGGUCACCCACAAACUGCAGUAUCUGCCUCAUGCAGACUGGAUUAUCGCGAUGCGGGACGGGACGGUGCAGACGCAGGGGACGCUGAAGCACAUCCAGGCCGCCGAACCCGAGCUGUUCGAGCAGUGGAGGACCCUGAUGAACCGCCAGAACAAAGAGAACAGCACCGAACUGAAGAGGAAGAGUUUCAGACGGGCCAUGUACUCCCGGGACACCCUGGCCACGGAGGACGAGGACGAAGCUGCUGAUGUCUCAGUCAGUGAACUGAAAGACAGCUCAACCAGCACCGAUGAGGAGAGCCUCAGGGCGGAGCUGCGUCACAGGACCCACAUCCCCUGGAGCUCGUUGUUCUCGUACCUGAGAUCUGCAGGCCCUGUCCUCCUCGCGCUGCUCGUGUUCUCUCAGCUCUGCAAACACACACUCAUGGUGGCCAUCGACUUCUGGCUCGCUCACUGGACCACACACGUCAUCGCAGCGCAGAUCGAGACCAGUGGAGGGAACUGCAGUGACACUGGGGAGUUUCAGGCAUCUAACAGUGUGUGUGUGUGUGUGUUCCUUAAGGUGUCCAACUACCUGAACUGGAUCGUGCGUAACCUGGCCGAUAUGGAGGUUCAGUUGGGGUGUGUGAAGAGAGUCAGCGCUCUGAUACACACCGAGGCUGAGAACUACGACGGACUCAUGACUCCGGCUCAGGUUCCUGCAGGAUGGCCGAAGUACGGAGAGAUCCAGAUCCAGAACCUGAGCGUUCGCUACGACACCAGCCUGAGACCGGUUCUGAGACACGUCAACGCUCACAUCAAACCUGGACAGAAGGUGGGGAUCUGCGGAAGGACAGGAAGUGGGAAGUCGUCGUUCUCUCUCGCUCUCUUCAGAAUGGUGGACUCGUUCGAGGGGCAGAUUAUCAUCGAUGGGAUUGACAUCGCCAAGCUCCCCCUGCAAACGCUCCGAUCGAAGUUCUCCAUUAUCCUGCAGGAUCCCAUUUUAUUCAGUGGAACAAUCCGGUUUAAUCUGGAUCCGGAGAGAAAGGCCACCGAUGACAUGCUCUGGGAAGCUCUGGAGAUCGCUCAGCUCAUGCCAGUGGUCAAAGCUCUACCCGGAGGACUCGAUGCGGUGGUGACGGAGGGCGGUGAGAACUUCAGUCAGGGUCAGCGUCAGCUCUUCUGUCUCGCUCGGGCCUUCGUGAGGAAGACCAGCAUCCUCAUCAUGGAUGAAGCCACAGCAUCCAUCGACAUGGCCACAGAGAGUAUUCUGCAGAAAGUGGUGAUGACGGCGUUCGCUGACCGAACAGUGGUGACCAUCGCACAUCGCGUUCACACCAUCCUGGGCUCAGACGCGGUGAUCGUGAUGAAGCGCGGCGGGAUUAUGGAGUACGAUGAGCCGGACGUGCUUCUGGAGCAGAAGGACAGCGUUUUCUCCGCGUUUGUAAGAGCCGACAAAUAAAGAUGCUCGCUCAUGGAGGAUGUGGAUCUUCACGGCUGGACGUGGUUUCUAUUCGUUCUUGUAAAAUAAUAAAAUGCUGAAUUGCACAAUAAUCUGCAUAUGGGUUGAUUUAACUAAACUAUCAGAAAUAAAAAUGUGCCGUUUGUGUUUUCA